AUGCCGGAUCUUCUUAUUCCUGCCCUGUCAGCCAUUCGUCGAGGAGGCAGAUUUAUUCCCCUCUCCAAGGGAGCUGAUAAACCUGGUCUCCGGCCAAUUGUCAUCGGGAUUCGCUCAUUUCUUGACCAGCACUUCCUCUCGUCUCACCCUCGAGCGAUUCAGUUCGGACUCGAUCGAGACGGCUGUCUGAAGUUCUCGCAAACCGCGUCAGCGCUCCUGCCCCUUCACGCUCGCGGUGAUGAUGAGGAUGUUGCCAACCCCACAGUGCUGGUGAGCUUGGAUGCAAAGAACGCCUUCAACUCCCUCGACCGCCAGGCUCUCUUCGAUGCAAUCGAGGGACGUGCGAGUCGCGACUACUUUGAUGGGAGCAUCACUGAAGGCGCAAGCUUGCCCUCUUGCGAGCAUCUCCGUUUGUUCGCCUCCUACCUCUCCAGCUACUAUGGAGACUCUGCUGACCUUCGACUCUUUCACAAAAGUCAGUCAGCCUCCGUUCAGUGUACCUCGGGCGUCUGUCAGGGCGAUGUCCCCUCCAGCGUGUUUUUCUGCCACAGUAUCCACCCCCUGCUCCUCCAUAUCGCAGAGCUUUUUCCCUCUGUUCGAGUCUUGGCCUAUGCUGACAACGUCGUACUUGUCGGUCCACUCGAGGAUGCCGUUGCAGCUACGUCCGCUAUGAAGAAGUACAUGGUGGCUGAUCUGAAGCUAGAGAUUCAACCUCGCGAGUCGAAAGUUUACAUCCCCUCCUGGCAUCAACACCCUGAUCUCUCGCAGCUGAAGAAGAGCCUUAAGCGCCGUCUCAAGACUCAACUUCUUCACUUCGAGGUCGUCACUGGCGGGAUUACACUUGGCGGCCUGCCUAUCGGCACGGAUGGAUUUCAUGCUAGUCAGCUCCGAGCGAAGGUCUCUACCCUCAACGACGAGCUCUCGAAGCUCGGGCUCGUCCAGCAUGGCUUCAUGUUCAAGACGCUGGUGAGGGCGAGCCAUCUCCAGAAGCUGCGCUUCUUCCUCCAGGGACUGUUUACGAGGUUCAAGCGGGAGCUUCCGCAUAGUCGGGGAGGGGACGAGUUCACGCCCUCUGAGGGUCUACACCCUGCUGUUUACUAUACGGCUAUCGCUCGCUUCCUCGCUUGGUACUCUGACCAGCCCAUGUCCCGGACCCUGCCCUCUCCUCAUAGCCUGGACGUUCACUGCUCGAGAUCUCUCCGUGCCCAGAAGCAUCCUCUGGCGACCUUCUUCGUUGAGGCGCACGACUUCGUUCAUAAUGCUGGAGCGAUCCUCUACCGUCGUGUGAAGGCUCCUGCACCGGCUGCAGAUGGCGCGGCGAUCCCACCUGCCCCGGCUGCUGUGCCUGAUGACGCAGGACGCCCCCCGGCAUCUGUGGUACACAUCCCUGGUUUGCGCGCUCUCGUCGACUCGUCUCAUGAGCACUUCAUUCCGCCGCCUGCGCAGCGAAAUGUGACCCCUCUUGUCAUGCGCGUCUUCCCUCGCCAUGUGCAUGCUCGCGCUGCGCUGACCGAUCAGCAGCGUGAUAUCCUCACCUUGCACAGCCGCAGGACACACUCGCUCAAGUCGCAGGAUAGGGUCUUGCAGUCUACCAUCUUCGCUCAUUUUCCUGAGCGAGACCUGAGCCACUCUCCGAUGCGAGUCUCGAGCUACUACCCCCUCAAGGCCUUCCCGCACCGCUAUGCUCAGAUGCUCGACUGCUAUCUCCAUGGCAUGCCGAUCUGCCAGUGUCCGACGGAAUGUGAUGGAUGUCAGCGCGAGCUCGAUCCCUCCGUUGCUGCACAUCAUCUCCAGACCUGCAAACGCCGAUCCUCCAAGCUUCCAACGGCGCAUGACAACCUUACUCGUACGAUUCGGUCGAUGCUGAACGAAGCUGGUCUUCAGAGCGUCAUCGAUACAGUGGGGGAUCCUCGUUCUCGACGGCAGGUACCCUCCCAUCCUCAGCAUGGCCGCAAGAUGAAGGGUGUUAGGGAUUGA